AUGGAGACCUCUGUGGCGCCAAACAGAGACGGCGACAGUCCACAGACAUACUCGAUUCUCAGCUACCUCUUCGAGAAUGAGGAUUUCGAUGUGUAUUUGCUGAAAAUCAAAUACCUUGCCUCCUUUAUCGUCCCGAUUUUUUGCGUCUUCGGCAUGGCCGGCAAUUGUAUGGCGUUGAUGUUGAUUCGGACAAAUUUCUGGCUUCGUCGUCUCACGUCAAAUGCCUAUUUAUCAACACUUUCUGUCUCCUCAUGUCUUUUCUUGUUCACCGUUUUCGUCACUUGGAUGGACAAUCAACACAACGUGCCAUUGUAUAACAAUUCGGAGAUCGGGUGCAAAAUUUUUACCUAUUUGGCUCACGCGUGUGACUUCAUUUGCGUUUGGAUGAUUUCUUGGGUCUCCUGCGAUCGAAUUAUUGUCCUAUAUCGACCUGGCAUUAGAAAAUGGGUUUGCACGAAAAAGUUCAGUCGUCGAAUGGUUCUUUGCACGAUUCUCAUCUCAUUAACCUUCUAUUCUUGGUGUUUAAUCUCGGCUUCAUUAGAAAUGGAAGGAAAGCAAGUUUUCUGCGGUUUAGCCAGGAAUCAAACGUUUUUUGGUAAAACAAUCGGCAAUUUGUACUUCAUUUUCACGCUACUCGACACAAUGUUGUGCACGAUUUUACCAUCGAUUCUCAUUGUCGUCAUGAACUCUUUUGCUAUCUAUAGAUAUCAUCAAUGCAUGAAAAUCUAUGCAUCCGGUGUGUUACGUGUGCGAUUUUUGAGGACACCCGACACGCUAAAUAAUAAUGAUUAUGAAGAAACAACAGCAAAGAAGCUAUUGCUUUCGCAAGCAACUCCGACAACAAAUGCUGCCUCAACGCAAUCCGCUCGUGGAGCUCCAUGCGGGAAAAUGCGAUCCAGUGAUUUACAGCUGAGUCGAACGCUGCUUGUUGUGACUAGCACAUUCGUCUUAUUAAACGUGCCAAACUACGCGUUACGCAUUUGCCAAGAAAUCUUCGUGUCGAACAACAAUGUGAUGUUUCAUCUGGUCUACUUUGCCACCUAUUUACUCUACUAUUUUCAUCACGCCGUCUUAUUCUAUUUCUACAUCUUUUGGAGUCCACAAAUGAAGAAACAGUUGAAGCCGGCAGCGAUGCGUCUCCUCGAAUAUCUUGUCCAUUCAAUGAAGAGAUCUCCCGGGAAAUCAGUGUUGGGUAAUAAGUUCAAACGAAUGCCGCCUCCUCGACCGGGGAAAUUAGAGCCGAAUCCGAGGAUUGAGCCAAAGUCACUAGUUGAUUAUUAUUCGAGAAGUGGUCAAGAUUCGCCAACAAGCUCCACCUUUUCCUCAUCCUCAUCACUCAAAGAAAAUCAAAUACCCGCGAAAGUGAUCGAACCAAAAACGAUAAAAGAUCGGCUCAAUCGUUUAACGCAAUCACCGAAGAAGUCACCGAUUAAGACAAAAACGAAAAGUGUGAGAAGACGAAAAUUGAUUUUGCCAAUAAAAAGAGUCUCAAAUGGGAAAUUGUUGCAUCCAAUCGGUCAACUGGAGUCAGAAGUUGAUGAGCUUCGCGAUUUUGAUGAGCUCUGGCGACUCAAUGACGAUCGUUUUCGCUUGUCCAGUCCACUUUUCAGGAAAAAUUCUCACAAAAAGCUGAAUCUUGGUCUCCAAUCACUUCGACAAAGAUUAAAAAAUCGAAAUCACAAAAAUCAACACAAGCAAAAAGAAGCGAAUGUUGAAAGAUCGAUUCGGAGAGUGAAAGUCCAAAAAUUGGAAAACUCACCCAAGAAUUUGCUCGUUUCGAUGGACUUGGAGUAUGUGAAAUCGACGUACGAAGGAAAGUGGAUCUCAAUGGAGGCGUUUCUUGUCGAGAUUUCAUCAGGCCGAGCGAUUCAUCGCUCUCUCGGCCAUCACUCAGUGCCGACGAAAUGCGAUGAUCGACCGUGUUACCUAGAAUUCGACGUGGAUUUGCGGAAUUUCACCGAGAAAUCCUCGCUUUUCGUCGCUUUUGUCGCCGAUUUGGCGGUCACCGAGAAAAAAUCGCGUCGCAGUCUCAGCACGUCGGAUAAUUUCACCUACAUCAAGCAAUCGAUCGGCGCGCUGUGUUUAGGAGAGUUUUGUCGCCAGCAAAACGAAUUUUUACUCAAUUUUGCGUUUCGUGGCGAAGAAGUCAGCUUGAAAUCGUUGGGCGAUUUCCCGAAGAAUUGGAUGAGCAAUUUGGAAACAUUGCAAAUGUUGGGACAAAUCUCGAAAAAGGAGAAAAGCUCGAAACCACUGGAUUUCUGUGUGCUUCUUUUGAAGACUUCAAAUGAAUAUGAAGGCGAAACUUUGAAGAAAAAGAAAACAAUAAACUCAAGAGCAAAUCAACAAGUGAAAAAACGGCAAGAUCUCAAGUAUUUUCUCCGUUUUGGUGACUCGCUGCAGGAAUGGAAACGGAUCUCCGGCUUUUACUCUCCAUUCAAUAGCUUUCCACGUGAAUUCUCGUCAAUCUCCAAUCUCAUCGAUCAUCUCAAUUGUCAAACUUCGUUCAAAUUUAAAGCAAUUGAUCAAACUGACUUUCAAACUGACGAAUCAUUUGGAAUCGAAAUUUUCACAAAUCGUUGCACUCAACUUUCACCGCUUAAAGUGGAGAAAAGGGGAAGAAAGGAAAGUCCUGUAGAAAGAGUGAUCGAAGGAAAACGAUUGCACAAAUUUGAGCAACCGUCCCUUCGCGAUACUUUCCCUCACUACAAAGUGGCGCAUAACGUUGAGGAAAAAUUUGUGACAAUCGAUAACUCAAUGCACUGGUUGGGAAAGGAAAUGUUGAUGAAUCUGCACAAUGUCUCUGAUAUCAAUGUCCAUGAGCGUACAUUCAUCACGAUGUGGAACGCGUAUUUUCGGAUGAAUUCUCGAUGCACUUUCGGGAAUAAAGAUGUUUUUCGAAAUCUGAUCGGUUUUCGUCACGAGCUCUACUCUUGUCUUUUAAACGAUAAGAAUGAAGCAUUCAUCGAUUUUCAACUAAUCUGGCUUUUGUUCUUACGACGACUUACGGAAAACAAGAUCAUUUCUCCUCUACAAGAAGCUGUGCUCAUCACUGGGAAUUUUGAUCUUUUGAGUGGAGGUGAUGAAGAACGACUCAAUGGGGAUGUGAUCAGAAUUGAGAACGAUUCUUUCGAAAUCCCACACACUCUAUCAACACCAAUGUCAAUGGAAAAGACUACUCCAUCAAAAUCGAGCUCAAGUUCUUCCGUUUCCACUCCAAAGAAGCGUCUGCUAAAGUCGGCAGAAAAGAAAUUGGCUUAUCAAAAUCAGGAAAAGCUGUAUCCACUGAGAAAUUCAUUGACGCCAAGUCGAAAAUCUCCGGCGAAAAGCGCUUUAAAGCGGCCGAAAAGCGCUGUUAGUGAAUCGCCAGCGAAACGAACAAGAAGCAGUGAUGUACAAGUGCAUCUAUCAACUCAAAAGCCUUCUCCAAGAGCGAAAAAUUCUUUCUUCACGCAAAAUCUCCAAAAUAAACGCACUUGCCAU